AAAAAAAAGAAACCAUAUCCCUUGAUCCGCCGCACAAGCUCCCGAGCUCGCGGGCAUGGCGGAGGCGGAAAGCAAUGGCUUCGAGUUCCUGUCGGAUCCCGUGGACAGAUUUCCGCCGAUGGAUCUAUCGCAUGACAACUCCCUGGAUUAUGAUGAAGGCGCUGAAGUUCUUAUCCGUGCCCGGUCAGAUUCCAGCAUGGGCGACGCUGGGGAUGCAGCGCUCACAGUGGAUGCCGAUCUGAACAGUACUCGCGAAGCCGUCGCCCUAACGGUGGCCCCUUCAGAGACAUCAACAGGUUGGGACGAUCCUCAGGCGCCUGGGUGGACAAGAAGCAGACCGCUGCCGCCGGAGAUUAUGAGGGGAUUAUUGGUUUGCGUGCUUGCUUCCGAACAUCUGACAACCGUUGUUCCAUCUACUGGAUUCAACCCAAACACCAUAUGUGACUGAUUCUCCUCUACAUUGCAAAUCUAUCUUGAUGAGGACUCUGCAGCCGUUCGUUUGCAAAACGAGAAAAGAACACUUGUAAAAAAACAGUUGGACGGCGAAGCAAGUCAAACUUUGGUAUGCACGGCAGCUGAAUCCAGCAUUAGUGAUGUGGGUGAUGCAGCGGUGACAGUACAAGUAGAUGUCAACAGCACUUCCAAUGGGGUGGCCCUGUCACUGCCGAACUCAGAACAUUGGACAGGCAAAGAAGAUCCUCAAGCACCUGGCUGGACCAAGAGAGUAUGUGUCAGUCAUGCACCUGUUGAACGUCCACCGUGUGCUGGCAGAAUCAUUGCCCUAGAAAAAACAUUGAGAAGAUAUGCAGAGAAGAAGACGGACACAGUCGUAGUUCCAGCAAUAGGUAGCAAUUUUGAUUCACUUGGAGAAGCAAUUGAUUACUACAAUCUCUAUUCCUGGGAGACUGGAUUUGAAAUAAGGUAUGGCAAGAGCAGGCUUAAUGUGGAAUGGAAAGAACAAAAUGCAUGUAGGAGAUAGUUUAUGGCUGCUCUGU